AUGAGCGCUACUCCGACUGAGCUGCCAUCGAGGGCGGCCACUGGCCUGACCACCGCGAGCACAAACGAUGGUGCCAUCUCCGACACUGACCCCACCAGCACCGCUGGCCUCCUAGGCGAGCGCCUUCAGGCAUGGAAGCAUGCCGUUGGUUAUCUCGAGGACUACAUGGGCGCGAUUGAGAAGAUUCACCGCGCUCAGGCUAAGGAAUAUGAGCGCGCUCUCAAGACCAUCUCGAACCCUCUCAAGGAGGGUCACCACUUCGACCAGUCUCUCGGUGGAAUCGCCGGCUACUUCGAGAACAUGCGCUCCAACACCCAGGCCCUCAUCAACACCAACAUUGAGACCGAGAAGUCGAUCAAGGGCUCUGUCCUGCCCGUUCUUGAUCGUCUACACAAGGAGAUCAAGGCCAAGAGCAAAGAGUUGACCAGCGGUGUUGAGAAGACGGCCAAGGAAGUCGAGAAGGCCCGCAACAACACUCAGAAGCAUAUCGAGCUUCUCGGUCAACAGACCGCAUCCUAUGAGUCCUCUGGUGGCAAGAUCCACGGCUCCGAUGAUCCCUACGUCGUCAACCGUGGUGUCCUGCACCGCCUCCACAAGCAGGUCAUUGAGGAGAACAACAACCGCAAUGAUCUACUUGCUGUCCAGAACAACUCGCAAGCCUUUGAGGCACAUAUUGUCCAGGUCAUUCAGCAGGCCAUGGAGUCUUUCACCCUCCUCGCCGGCGGCCAGGGCGAGAAGACGCGCGCCCUGCACUACGACAUGCUGCAAUCCAUUCAAUCCGUCGUGCCCGAUUUCGAGUGGCGCGGCUUCACCACUCGCUCCGCUGACCGCCUCAUCAACCCCAACGACCCCGCCCGCUCUGUUGACGACAUUCAGUUCCCCAACAUGUCCCACCCGGCCACCAAGUCCCUCAUCGAGGGAUCGCUCGAGCGCAAGUCGCGUAACAAGCUGUCGUGGGGCUACACGACAGGCUACUAUGUUGUCACACCUUCCAAGUUCCUUCACGAGUUCAAGGACUCGGAUAAUGCUCGCGUCGACCCCAAGCCCGAACUGUCAAUCUACUUGCCCGACGCCAUCAUUGGCGCUCCUUCUGGCGAAAAGUUUAACGUCAAGGGCAAGGAUCGCAGCGGCGGCAUGAGCGCCAAGCUUACCGGCACUGCCGAGUUGGCCUUCAAGGCCCACACCCCUUCCGACGCGCAGCGAUGGUUCGAUAUUAUCAGGGGCGUUGCCGGCGCUACUGGUCCCGCAGAGCCGACGUCACCGUCGUCGCCCGUCGUGGAUCAGGAUGCCAAGUUUGCCGCCGUCACGCCGCCAGGUCCCACUUCGCCGGUCGCAGGCCACGAAGCACAGCAGUCUGGAGUACUGGCGGCAGCGGACGAGAAGCCUCCUGUGCAGGCUGCCCCUGCUCAGGCUGCUCCUGCUCAGGCGGCACCAGCCGCAGCACCGGCUCCUGAGAAGGCUGGAGCUGCUCCCCCUGCUUUCUAG